AGAAGCCGGCGGGGGCCUGGACGGCGGGCAAGGCAAGAGGAAGAGGCUGUUCUCCAAAGAACUAAGAUGCAUGAUGUAUGGAUUCGGGGACGACCAGAACCCUUACACAGAAUCAGUGGACAUUCUUGAGGACCUGGUAAUAGAGUUUAUCACAGAAAUGACACACAAGGCCAUGUCAAUUGGGCGGCAGGGUCGUGUACAGGUUGAGGACAUUGUCUUUCUAAUCCGCAAGGACCCCCGGAAGUUUGCCAGAGUUAAAGACCUCCUAACUAUGAACGAAGAACUGAAACGAGCCAGAAAGGCCUUUGAUGAAGCGAACUAUGGAUCUUGAUGCUGCACGCAGGCUGCACUGGGGCAUUACUUGGGCACCUGCUGCCCAAAAGGAAGGAAUGUCCUGUGUGUCGUUUGGAGGGGUUAUUCAGGAUGGAGGUCACUGCUGGGAUGCCUGCCCUUGCUCCCAGCCUUUUCUGAAAGGGCCAGGGCUUCCUUCCAGCAGCAGCUGCUUAGGGGUCCCUGCUGUGUUUAGUUUGACACAACCUGUAUCAGCACUGGAAUGUCCUU